GUUACCCAUGUAUGACGUAGUUUGACGCAUGCGGCCUUCAGACACAGAGGAGAUGGAUGGCUGCAGAAGACGUGAAAUGAGUCGCAGACAGAUAUCUAAGAAAAUGGAACGCAGAGAUGAUUUUGAGAAAGGUGAACCUCUGCAGAUUAUUGAAGUUACGGACAAGAAAAGCGGUGGCGACAUUAUUCAUGGACUAGAACUGAACGAAGAAAACUUGAAAAGGAUAUUGUUACAUCCAUUUGUCAAAGACCUUCCCGUUGUCAUCAUCUCAAUCACAGGAGCCUUUAGAAAAGGCAAAUCUUUUCUCCUUGGAUUCUUUAUAAAAUAUUUGGAGGCACAGGAAUCUGUUUGGUUAAAAGAAAAUGACAAAAUAAAAGGGUUUGAAUGGCGAGGUGGAACAGAACGAGUUACAUCUGGCAUCCUAAUCUGGAGCAAACCAUUUUUAUGUCAAGACAAAUUUGGGAAAAGGUUUGCUGUAUUACUUAUGGAUACGCAAGGAAUUUUUGACAGGGAAUCCACAAUGAAUGACUCUGCCAGAAUUUUUGCCCUCAGUAGUUUGAUAAGCACUGUACAGAUCUACAAUAUCAUGCAACAACUCCAGGAAGAUGACUUGAAGAAUUUAAAGUUUUUCACUGAAUUUGGCAAGCUUGUCACUGAAACUUAUUCAGAAGGUGAUGUCAACACACCGAAACUUGUAUUUUUGAUACGAGACUGGGGAUUUCCGUAUGAAUAUCCCUAUGGAGAAGAUGGUGGAAAAAAUUAUGUUACAAAGGUACUUAAGGAAACAACAGAGCAACCAAAAGAACUAAAAGAUAUUCGCAGAGCCAUUAAAAAAUGCUUUCCAGAUGUGUGUGGGUUUCUCCUACCACACCCCGGCAAAGCUGUUGUGACGAAAAAAAUGUUUGAUGGACAAGUAAAAGAAAUGGAUGAUGACUUUGUGGAAUAUGUGGAGCUGUUGGUUCAGUAUAUAUUCUCAAGAAAUAUGCUUGUGACAAAAAAAAUGAACGGCCGGGAGUUGAAAGGAGAAGACUUGAUGAUGUAUAUGAAGGCUUUCGUCAGCUAUUUUAAUGAAGAAAAAUGUCCUUCUCCAGAGACAGCAUUAGAGGCAAUGGCAGCAGUUCAUAGACAAAGGGGCAUCAGAGCAGCACUAAAUUGGUAUAAACAUGAGAUGAUUAAGGUUUUCCCGAAAAAUAAAAUGUCAGUGCUAUCUGAUGAAGGUUUCGAGAACACUCAUAAAAUUUUGUGUAUCCAAGCUAAAGAAAGACUGAGAAAAUAUCCUGGAAUACAAUUGUUGGGACAUUUAUUUGAAUGUGAAACUCAACUUGAAGAGCAAAUCAGUCAGGUGUAUGUUCAAUUGUCAGGUUUGAAAAACACGAUGAAAAAACGGAAGGAGGUGAUCAAAAAAAAUGAUGAGGGUGUUGCCAUGUUAAGCGGAGCAGCUCUUUUAGUAGGUGUCGCGACAGUUGGUGCAUUUAUUGUGAAACACAUUAAAUGAGGAAAUUAUUAUAAAGUUGAAUGGGAAUGAGACACACAUUUAGAUGUUUUGUUUCUUUGUUAUCAUAACGUUGAAUUAAUGUCAUAUUGUAUUAAAAUGAUAAUCGUAUUUGCAAAAAAAGAAAGAGAGAUCUCUAUGGAACUUUCAUUCAACUUAUAGUUAAUAAUGUACAUCGGAUUCUUGAAGGAGGCUUGUGAUUAUUGAUUGUAUGAUGUGUGAUAUCUGCUUAUACCAUAAGUAUUUACUCUUUUUAUGCAUACAAUAAAUGCAUCGAUGUUUGUAAAUUUUGACUGCAAAAUCACUAUAAACAAAUCAAAUAUAAUAA